AUGUUCCGCCCCCAAGUUGCUCGUUCUGCUCGUACCCUUGGUCGUCGUGCCAACUCGACGACCGCCCAGCAGGCCCAGCAGAAGGCCCAGCAGGCUGCUCAGGACGCCAAGCAGGCUGCCGGAGACGUCGCUGCCAAGGCUAAGGACGCCCUCAACUCGCCCAAGGCCCAGGAGGUCUCCCAGAAGGCCAACGAGCUCUUCGAGUCUGGCGCCCAGGCCGUCCGCAAGGUCACCGGCCCCAUCGGCGACAAGGUCGGCAACGCCCUCGGCUCCUACAAGCAGCCCCUCCAGUACAACUGGCAGGUGUUCAAGUCGCUGGUCAAGCAGGUCUACCAGGCCGAGAAGCUCGCUCCCCCCACCCACCUCUCGCAGUGGACCUCGGCCUACUCUGAGAUCUUCCACAAGGCCGCGUCCAAGCAGUGGUGGAGCCAGGUUCUGUCGAGCGGAUCGUGGGCCAAGCUCGCUGUUGGUGGCCUCGAGGCGUACGGUCUCUACAAGAUCGGCGAGAUCCUCGGCCGCCGCCACCUGAUCGGCUACAACGUCCCGGCCAACGCUGUCGGCCAGCACUAA